CCGCCGCGGGCGCGGGCGCCGUCGGGCCCCGAGGCGGCCGCGCGCAGCUGCCGGAGCCUGGCCGCGGAGCUCGGCGAGAGGGGUCCCCAGAGCUCCCGGAGUGGCGCGAGAAGCUGGAGACACCAUUUGGGCCGCGACCCUUUCUGGCAUCACCCGAUGUUCGGAUGUGGCGGGGCUUGUCCGGACCGCUGGCGUCGCUGGAGCGGGUGUGGCGGCGUGCUAUUGGGGACUCCCGGCCGCGGCCCAGAGGAUUUCUGCUUCGGUGCGAGGCCUGAAAUUCUGGGGCCUAGCGCUGCCGAUCUAUGUGGAAUACAGGGUGAUGGAGCGCAUGCUUCGAAGCGUCGACGAGGGGGAGGCCAAGGAUCGCUGGAAGUCCCUGCACGAGAAGCACGCCGGCUCGCUCCUGGACGUGUGCCUCGACAUGCGCGGCUUCUACGUCAAGAUCGGCCAGGUCUGCUCCACGCGCCGGGACAUGUUCCCUGGGCCGUGGAUAGAUGCGCUGGAGCAGCUGCAGGGCGAGCACCCUGAGCUGCUCGCGCGGCCAGUGAGGGAGAUGGAAGGCAUCAUCCGAAAGGGCCUCGGGCUGCGAGCUAGAGAGCUCGUCGAGGUCCGCCAGAGCGCUUUGGGCGCGGCUGCGACGGGGCAGGUUCAUCGGGCGAGGCUGAGGGACGGCCGCGAGGUCGUCGUGAAGGUGCAGUACCCAGACGCUGAGCGGCUCUACCGCCUGGACUUUGCCAAUACCCGGCUCUUCUGCGCCCUCCUGCAGCCAGAGCACCUGCCGUACCUGCGGGAGCUCGAAGCCCAGUUCAAGACUGAGUUUGACUACCGCAGGGAGGCUGCAGACCUGGCGGAGAUCGCUGCGCGCUUCGCGCCGGGCAGCGGCAACCCUUACGCAGAAAAGGUUCGGAUCCCCGCCCCGGUGCCGGAGCUCGCGGCCCGCAACGUGGUGGUCAUGGAGUACCUGCCCGGCGAGACGCUGCUCGGCUACGCGAGGAGGAGGAAGCGCCAGCUCGAGGACAGUUCUUUCCUGUCCUACCUCUGGCAGGGCUUUUGGCUCCGACGCGAGCUGAGGGCCCACCUCAGAGUGCUCAUCGGCGUGCAGGGCCACCAGAUAUUCGUGGACGGAGUCUUCAAUGGCGACCCGCAUCCGGGCAACAUCCUGCUCAUGCCUGAUGGUCGCCUAGGGCUCAUCGACUACGGCAACGUGAAGCGCCUGACAGCGCAGCAGCGGGCUCAGAUAGGUCGUCUCUUCAUCGCCCUGGCGGGGGGGAAGCGCGACGAGGUCGCGGCGGCCGCAGAGGUGGUUGGCUUCCGGACACGAUCUGGGGACCGGGAGUGCCUCUUCCGUUUCGCCCGCCUCUGGUUCGACAGAGACGACGAUGAGACCUUGGUGAUGCCGGACGGAAGUCGGCCGGCAAACAUCCAGUUAUACAUGGAGAAGCUCAGCGCGAUCGAUCCGUUGAUCAAAACUCCGGAUGACUUCCUGAUGGUCGCGCGGAAUUCUUUCCUCCUGCGCGGACUCGGCACCCAUUUCGGAGUGCGCCUCCACAUGGGGGCGGAGUGGAAGGCGCUGGCGGAGAGCGCCGCGCGGCAGGUCGGCAGUUAUUGGUGUUGUUGGUAGUAGUAGUAGAUGGAGUAGUAGUAUAUACUUAACCUUCUUCCUACGUUAAUACUGCGACCACGACUACAUAUGCUUCUACUACCAGGUGCCGUCGCCCAGCCUCCGGCGGCGCGGCAAGUGAGCCCGGGAGCUGGCCGCGGCAGGCGCGCCCGAAGGUUUGUUGCGUUGGCUGUCACUUACCACGUCCUUGCUUCCUGCGCUUUGCACCCCGCGCCAGAAUUAGUCUCCCAGGCGCCCACGGCCUGCGCCACUUGACGGUGAUCCCCCCC